AUGUGCUUCCGCACUGAGCCCAGGACCAAGUACUACUAUCACGAGGAGAUCAUCCCCGCCCGGCGUCACCACGGCCAUCACCACCACCAUCACCACCACUCCCGCUCUCCUAGGGCCAGUUACACCAGUGUCACCCGCCGGUCCUACAGCCACAGCCCCAGGGCUAGCUAUCGCACCAGCGGCCCCGUCGCCUACGAGACUCGCUACGUCUGA